AUGGAGGGAGUUCAGAGGAAGCUUCAGUCUAUGAAGCUAUCUGACGCAGAGAAGGAGGAGGUGCAAAUUGGGCGAAGGAGCGCAACCACACAGGGACCAACGAAGCUGGAAGCCAUUGGUAAGCUGAUGUUUGAUAGGUCUGCUAGAGUGGAUGCUCUGAAAACUGCGCUCGGCAGAGUUUGGUGCCCUUUCAAAGGAAUCGAAUGCAAGGAUUUAGGCAUGAACAGGUUUCUGUUCGUGUUUCGGGAGGAAGCAGGGAAGAGGAAAGCACUAGAUGGUGGUCCUUGGAUGUUUAACAAAAAGCUACUUGUGAUAGAAGAUUUCAAUCCAUCUAAAACCUUGGAGGAGUAUCAAUUCAAGUUUACACCAAUUUGGGUAAGACUCUAUGGUAUUCCGAUGGGCUCGAUGUGCAAGGAGACAGGAGAGGAUAUUGGCAAAGAAAUUGGGGAGGUUAUUGAUGUAGAUGUGGAUGAUUGUGGCAUGGCUGCAGGGGAUUAUAUGAGAGUAAAGGUCCGGCUAGACAUUUCUAAACCCUUGAUGAGAGGGAUCAUUGCUUUUGAUGAUGUGGAGGAUGAAGGGGAAGAAAGCAACGAUAAGGUUGUUUUCGAAGGGGAUGAUGGAAAAGAGGAGCAGGGGAGAAGAGAAAUUACUUUGAAGUAUGAAUAUCUACCUGACUUUUGCUAUCUUUGUGGGAUUAUUGGCCACAAUGAUAAAGCUUGCCCAAACAAACAACAUUGUGGUUCGAGCUCAGAGUUUGGUCCCUGGCUCAAAGCGGAGCUAUGGAAGAGAUAUCCGAAUGGAGAUGAUAGGAGCAGGGAUCCUAGUGAUAAAUGGGGGUUUGGUAAAAGCAGUAGUGGAGACAGUAGGGGGAGUGAUGCACUGUCCUGGAGAAAGGAUUCAGUUAAUAAUGGUAAUAUGGAAGGUUCUGGGAAGGGAGAGGACAAGAUGGUCACAAGCCCACUUAAACUGCAGUCAAAGGAUAAAGAGCUAAGUGUUGACAUGAGGGUACUCGACUUCGAAGUGGGGGCGGGAGAUAAUACUGCGGAUAAAAGGUACAACUCACCCCAGGAUACUUCAAUGGCACUAGACAGGACACUUGGUAAGGAGCAAGAAAGGGAGCCUUCUCAGAAUGUUCAAAAGGAUGAAGCUGGAGAUAGAAAGGGAGAUGUAAGGGCUGAGUUAGAUGUCUUAGAAAAAGAGAAAGCUAUGAAAGGAAAGGAGAAGCUCGAAGAAAAGAAGAACUUAGAUGAGAUGAAGGUGGUUGUUAACCCCUCGCCCAAACAGACAAGAAUGAGAACCACCUUCAAGCGUCGGGAGAGAACCAAGUCAGUCCAAUAG